AUGGGAUCUCCAACAAAGUCUGCUGGGUCAUACAGGUCUCACGCACAUACACCUGGUCGGGCUCCAGAGUCCCCUCUUCCUUCAGUUCAGGAGCGCCUGGCGUACCUCAGACCCUCCAGAGAGCUGCUGGAGUUCUACAGACAGAAAAUUGCUCAGUUUGAUUCUGAACAUGAAGAGCUGCUGCAGAUGUUGGUGAAGUACAAAGGCAUCACUGACGACCAACAUAAACUACAAUGGGAACUUCGGCAACGAGAGGGAGAGAUUACACAGCUGCAAAAUGCUUUGAGUGACAUGCAAGUCUACCUCUUCCAAGAGCGGGAGCAAUCGCUGCGCCUCUAUGCUGAAAAUGACAGACUUAAAAUCAGAGAGCUGGAGGACAGAAAGAAAAUUCAACAUCUUCUUGCCCUAGUGGGUCCAGAUGCAGGCGAAAUUACCUAUUUCCAUCGCGAACCACCUCACAAAGUUGCCAUUACACAAAAGAUCCCUGAGUCCACUUUAGAAGAAAAUCUUAGUCUGCGACCACAAAAAAUAAGGCCUGCUGUGAGCAAAAAAGGAGAAACUGGUAAAAAGACCAGCAGAUCCUCAAAUAAGGAAACGAAUGAAAGUCUGGAACAAUACAAGAAUGAUAAUGAGACGCUCUUGCUACAGGUGGAGGCUCUGCAAACUCAGAUGGGAGAACAAACUCGGCUGGCAAAAGAACAGGUGGAGUCUUUGAUUGAAGAUAUGCGGAUUAAAACGGAGGAAGCACUGGCACAAGAGCAGAGAGACCGAGAACGUAUCGCCGCUUUAACAGAAAAGUUGCAGCAAACUCAAAACUUGUUAUAUGACAGCACCAAAGAUUUUCUACAGUUAAAGUUUGAGACACGAGCUCUGGAGAAAAGUUGGAUGGCUGAGAAGGACAAGCUGCUCAGGGAGAUGGAUUCUUGCCACAACCGCCUCAGAAAGCAAAGCCCCACUGAUGUUCCCAUGAACCGCCCUCAGCAUGUACCACUGCAUAUGCCUCAGCACGUGCCACGGCAAAUACCACUGCAAAUGCCACAAUACUCAAAUAAAGAGGAAGUAAAGGCAUUACAAGAAGACUUGAAGCAGGCCCAUCGUCUUGCAGAGAUGUUUAGAGAACAAUGCGUGGCGCUUGAGUCUGAACUGGCACAAAUCAGAGAGGAGGGGGAUGUGGGAAAGGAAAUCUUUAAGGAGCGUUCAGAUAAAAUGGCUAAUCGUCUUCAGCUCAUGACCCAACGUUACGAAGCUUUGGAGAAAAGAAGAGCUAUGGAGGUAGAAGGAUUCAAGACGGACCUAAAGCACCUUAGACAGAAGCUGAAAGAUGUAGAAAAACAACUUCUCAAGGUAACCCUGAAUGUUGGACCUAAUCAGGAUUUGGCAAUUCUGCAUGAAGUACGUCAGACCAACGCCAGAACCAAAAAGGUCCAGGGUGAGCUCAUGACUCUAAAGGCAAAAAUCUAUGGACUGGAAAAUGAUCUUCGCUUUAGCUAG